AAUACCAUUCCAGAGUGUUCCACGUUUAGGGCCAUCUUUGGUCGUCCUCGCCGGUGACAGUGUGGAAUAUAUUCCGCUCGCAUUUUUGUCUAAUGAUAAAUAAAUACUAUUCAACUUAAAGUGAAGUCAUUGAACACACUUGGUCAAAGAAAGCGAACUGCGCUCAUUGCUUGACUCAUUGGCAGCUUUUUUUCAUCAACUCCCUUCAAUUUCACUGGUCUGAAGAGGGCGAGACAGGAGUGGCAGUGAUACAACAUGGAUGAGGAAUAUGAUGUGAUCGUUCUGGGCACCGGACUCACAGAAUGCAUUCUGUCUGGGAUUAUGUCUGUGAAUGGGAAGAAGGUGCUUCACAUGGACAGAAACCCCUACUAUGGUGGAGAGAGCUCAUCCAUCACCCCCCUAGAGGAGCUUUACAAGCGCUUUGGCCUCCCAGAUAGCCCUCCCGAGUCAAUGGGCAGAGGAAGAGACUGGAAUGUUGACCUGAUCCCAAAGUUCCUCAUGGCCAACGGUCAGCUUGUGAAGAUGCUGCUGUACACCGAGGUCACCCGCUAUCUGGACUUCAAGGUGGUGGAGGGAAGCUUCGUGUACAAGGGAGGAAAGAUCUACAAGGUGCCGUCCACUGAGACCGAGGCGCUCGCUUCGAAUCUCAUGGGAAUGUUUGAGAAGAGACGGUUCCGCAAGUUCUUAGUGUUUGUGGCCAACUUUGACGAGAACGACCCCAAGACCUUUGAGGGGGUGGACCCAAAGGCCACAACCAUGAGGGACGUGUACAAGAAGUUUGACCUGGGCCAAGAUGUCAUUGACUUCACCGGCCACGCCCUGGCCCUCUACAGGACGGACGAUUACCUGGAUGUCCCCUGUCUGGAGACCGUGAACCGCAUCAAACUGUACAGUGAGUCGCUGGCUCGCUACGGGAAGAGCCCAUACCUGUACCCCCUGUACGGCCUGGGGGAGCUGCCACAGGGAUUUGCCAGGUUGAGCGCAAUCUAUGGCGGCACUUACAUGCUGAACAAGCCAGUGGACGACAUCGUGAUGGAAGACGGUCAUGUGGUCGGCGUGAAGUCUGAGGGAGAGGUGGCUCGUUGUAAGCAGCUCAUCUGUGACCCCAGCUACAUCCAGGACCGCGUGCGCAAGGCGGGCCAGGUGAUCCGUGUGAUAUGCGUCCUCAGCCACCCAAUCAAAAACACCAACGACGCCAACUCCUGCCAGAUCAUCAUACCUCAGAAUCAGGUCAACCGCAAGUCAGACAUCUACGUGUGCAUGAUCUCCUACGCCCACAACGUGGCGGCGCAGGGGAAAUACAUCGCCAUCAUCAGCACCACGGUGGAGACCAGCGAGCCAGAGGCGGAGAUAGAGCCAGCCCUGGAACUCCUGGAGCCCAUUGACCAGAAGUUUGUGGCUAUAAGUGACCUUUACGAGCCCACAGAUGAUGGCACUGAAAGCCAGGUGUUCGCCUCGCGGUCCUACGACGCCACCACCCACUUCGAGACCACCUGCAACGACAUCAAGGACAUCUACAAGCGUAUGACGGGGAGCGAGUUUGACUUUGAGAACAUGAAGCGCAAACAGAACGACGUGUUCGGGGAGGAUGAGCAGUGAGCGGCCGGGGGGGCCUCUCCCGGGAGAGCGGGGGGGCCAGAGAGGAGGGAAAAGGGUUUGGCAAAAGAGGCAGAGCCUGAGGUAACGCGUUGAUGUGGAGCUGCUUGGGGAGGGGUUUUAAUUGAUUGGGCGGUCCAGGCUUUGGUCUGGUUUUGUUGGCUCUGCACCUCCCCCCAUGUCCCUCUCUCUCUUAUAGGUGUUGAAACACAUACUCACACACACACACACAAACACGUUGUUCAUGUUCACAUCUUAUCUGUCACUGAAAAGCAGGGUUGAUGAGCUCAUUAUUAUUCCAUUGUCAAAUCUGUCAUUUCCCCUCAGUUCUCCACUAAUACUGGGACACUAAUGAGCUGUUCAUGUUCUCUCCAGAAUAUCAUUCUUGAUACGGACGUUAGUUGAUGGAAAAGUCUAAAUUGCAGAGGAUUGAUUUGGGUAAAUGAAAAUGGCUUGGCGGUCACCUUAUUGCCGGGUGGCUUCCACUUCACAUGCAUGCAUCUUUUACACAUGGUAGUGUUGUACAUAGCAUUAUAUCACUGGGAUGUGAAGGCUGGACCAUUCCACGCAUUUUCAAUGCCAACCCUGCUUUCUCUCUCUGUCUCUUUCUCUCUCUCUCUGUCUCACUCUCUCUUUUUAUCUUACUCGCUCUUUUACCAGUAGACUCCUUCUGCUUGUUUUGGCAAAAUACUUUGGUCAGGCGAAAAAACGUGGUGAGCAGCUCUUUAUAAACGGGCUUUCCAUCAACUGCUGUCGUGUUCCCUGUGCUAGCAAGCAAGCUAAAACUGGUUGCUAAUAACUGUCCUACCCGCCCCCCAUCCUCUCAAAACAUUUUCCGUUGUUUACGUGUUACGUGUGAUUGUUGAUUUUUCGAAAUCGAGAAUAGAUUCCUUUUUAACACUUAAAAUUAUUCAAAUUAAGAGUUUUAUUGCUAUUCUAUAUUGGUGCACAUUUCACUUGCUGAAGUUAUGAAGUUUACAGAGCUGAGGGUGAAACACCGGUGGCGUAACCUGAAGAAGGCAUGAGAGAGUGAGAGAGAUGAGAGAGCGUACAGAGGACCUGCUAGUUCUUAGUGAGGUGGUCUCGAGGAGGAUUUGUAACGUGAUAAACAUACAUAUGUAAAGUUAUCACAGAAGGAGGCCUCUUGUAACGGAAGGGAAUGUGCCAGGGAUCACGGAAUGUAUGUCAGGAGAGUCUUGGAUAUUUGACCUACUAGCAAAGUUUCACUUUUGAGUGAAGAGGGCGAUGACUGAAAUUUCAGCUCACAGUGAAAGCACCACAUUGUGUCUUGGUUGUUCCAACCCUUGUGUUUUCUGACCCAGAUUGCCAUUCCUGUAAAGAUCUUAAUAUUGCUGCGAAGAACUGGACGUACACUUCAAUAACCUUAAACAAGCCUGUAGCCAAGCAGGGGGCUGGUAGGGCCACGGUGAGACAUACCGCCCCCACACCACUGAACCAAUGUAGUUGAUUUGGUUUUAGCCUUAAUUUGGGGGUCAAUACAUUUAGGCUAACAAAUUGAUUCUGUUUUGUUUUUUUAGAAGUCAUUAGCUGAAAAUCUGCCCCUUGUUCAAAAGGCAACUACCUGCUGAUGUUAGACAAUAACCACAGCAUGGUCUUCAGUCUCUCAGAGGUCCAUGCUGCUGCGUGGUUGCGUACGUUGAAAAAGAAAACCGAAUGAGGUUUUCAUUGCACAUCUCAAUGAAGAAACCAGGAAUAAUUAUUUGAGUCCGUACAUGUCAUUGAGAGUUGUGUCUAGUUGUGGCUUUCGCUCGUCAAAUAAUAUUGAAGAGUUUCUCUCACACACUAAGCAAGGUUAAGGCUGUGGCUUACUAAUUCCCCUUAACAACACUAAACAACGUUUAAUACAUGUUUUUAUUUUUUGUGUCUUAUUGUUAUCUAUUUAUUUGAAUUCUAACGAUGCGCUGGUGGAAAGUCAAUGUCAAAUGCUGAAUAUGCUAUGCUAUUAGUAUAUGUUAUAACUGAGAAAACCACGUUUUCAAUGUGAUGCACUUAUUAUAUAUAAUUUCUUUGUUUGUACUUUUUGCUGUGUCAUGUGUUUAUGUUUACCUUCUCUUAAUUAAUCAUUCCGGUGUUGCAUUAUGGGACAUUCUGUUAACAAACAGGUUUUGAUGACAGUGGUUGGCCGAAUUCUUAGCGACCUAUACAACUUUAUUCACAGCAGUUUCACAUUAUGCUCCGUUCAAAAUUGUGUGUGGUCUUCAUCUGGAAUCAUAUUGCAUAUAUAAAAACUACAAUAUUCUUUGAGUGUAUUUAUGUUUGGAACCCACCACUUCCUCACUUUCAACUUUUUAUUUUUAUUUAUCAAAAAAAACAAUGCCUAAUGUGUGGUUAUACUGUUUCAAUUUCCAUCCAGUUUGGCCUUUGGAAAUACUUUUGACAAUAUCCUUCAAGAUUGGCAAAAGAAAUAGUUCAGGCUGAGUAGUAGACAACUUACAGUCCUUGUUUGACCACUAGUUUGUGAACAACGCCUAAUGUCUUGUGUAACAAUUAAAAUGAAUUAAACUAUGAAUGAAGUGAUACAAAAAUAAAAAAAGCACAUGGCAAACCUGGAAACACCCAUCAA